AUUUCAUUUAACUUUGCUUCAUUUUGAUAAAUUAUUAUUUUCUUUUUAUUCUACUAUGGAGUAGUUUUUUUUACUUUUCUCAUUCCCUAUCCUCUUCGUUUUCUAUAAAUAGACAGCAUGCAGCGUAAAAUUUUACUCAUCACUUACUUAACAUACUAAGAGAGUUAUUACAACUUGAAAAACAUGGCAUCCAAGGCUUUGAUUCUGUUGGGUCUCUUCGCAAUUCUUCUGGUGGUCUCCGAAGUUUCUGCCGCAAGACAGUCGGGCAUGGUGAAGCCAGAGAGUGAGGCAACUGUGCAACCUGAAGGUUAUCACGGAGGACAUGGUGGUCACGGAGGGGGAGGCCACUACGGAGGAGGAGGCCACGGGCAUGGAGGACACAACGGAGGAGGGGGCCACGGACUUGACGGAUACGGAGGAGGACAUGGAGGACACUACGGAGGAGGAGGAGGACACUACGGAGGAGGAGGAGGCCACGGUGGUGGUGGACACUACGGAGGUGGAGGACACCAUGGAGGAGGAGGCCACGGGCUUAACGAACCUGUUCAGACGAAACCGGGUGUUUAAAAGUUAAAACUAUAAAAUAAAUUCACCACCAGUCCACCAUGCAUAAUUGCAUCUCUAUAUACACUUAUGUCUUAUAAGUAUGCAUCAAAAUAAACCAUGGUGAGUUUGUAAUGCAGUUCCUUCAGAAAUGUGUGGAAUAAUGUUUUAUAAUAAUAAUAGAAUAUCUCUCAGUUUGAAUUAUAAUCUGUGCUGUUUGCAUAAUAAAAUGGUUCUUAAGUUUUGCUUAUUCAUAUUCUUAAGGGUUG